UCGUGUUUUUGUUUACUUCGGGCCUCCUGGUCUCUCUCUCUCUCUUCUAUCUAUCUCUGUUUUAGCGGUCUAGGUGUCCGUGAGAGCGUAAGAGAUGUCCGAGACGGCUCCCGCCCCGCCGGCUGCCCCCGCGCCAGCGCCCGCGGAGAAGACGCCAGUGAAGAAGAAGGCUGCGAAGAAGGCGGCGGGCGCCGGCGGAGCUCGGCGCAAGGCUGCAGGGCCGCCCAUCUCCGAGCUGAUCACCAAGGCCGUGGAGGCCUCCAAAGAGCGCAGCGGCGUGUCUCUGGCCGCCCUUAAGAAGGCGCUGGCGGCCGCCGGCUACGAUGUGGAGAAGAACAACAGCCGCAUCAAGCUGGGUCUCAAGAGCCUGGUGAACAAGGGCACCUUGGUGCAGACGAAGGGGACCGGUGCGUCGGGUUCGUUCAAGCUCAACAAGAAAGCCCCGGCCGCCGAGGGCAAAGCGAAGGGCAAGAAGGCGACGUCGGCCAAGCCCAAGAAGCCGAGCGCGGCGGCCAAGAAGCCCAAGAAGGCGUCCGGGGCUGCGGCCGGCAAGAAAAGCGCGAAGAAGACGCCCAAGAAGGUGAAGAAGCCGGCGGCCGUAGGAACCAAGAAGGCGGCCAAGAGCCCGAAGAAGCCCAAGGCGGCCAAGGCCAAGAAGGUGGCCAAGAGCCCCGCUAAGGCUAAGGUGGCCAAGCCCAAGGCAGCGAAACCCAAAGCGGCCAAGCCGAAGAAGGCGGCGCCCAAGAAGUGAAGAGGAAAGGAAUCAAUCCCCGCCCCCCCCCCCCCGAGUCGAUCCGCUCUUUCUCUAUGAAAACUCAAAGGCUCUUUUCAGAGCCACCCCACAACCUCAAAAAAAAAAAGAUGCUGUCACACAAAGUUAAUAAUGUAAUGAGU